GGUUUUUCGAGUCUCAGUUUGCAGUCUUUUUCCAAUUCUCGAAUUCUCCGGACGUCGAUUUCCGAUCCUCUACUUGCUCAAAUCGCUCUGAACAAACAACACCACUCAUCACGAUGCCGAAUCCACUGUGGUUUAUCUUCUGGCUGUUGGUCUUCUGGUUCGUCUCUUUCUUCGUCGCUUUCUUCUGCGCCUUUUUCUACAUAUGGGUUUAUGCCUUCGCCUCCUGCAUUCCAGCCCUUACGGGCAUAUCGGACAUUCUCCUCCAGGGAGUACAAUUUCCGUUCUACUGCGGAAAAGCCAUGCUGGAGGGAAAAGCGGCCUUCUAAAACGGGGAUCCACUGCAUAUUUAUAAACUAAGUGCCUUACAGAUAACUCUUGUUUUCCAUCAUUUUUAUACAAUAAAGAUUUUUUAACUAA